GAAGUUAUCAAAUUCACGAGCACAAAAAAGUACAUCGUUAGAUAAGAAUACGGCGGAAUUGUAUUGUAUUAAUAUAUGUUAGCUUCGUAUCAGUUAGAGAGAAGCCAGGCCAAAAGUACGAGUAUAUAAAGAUUCGCAUUUCGACUUUCUAACCAACAUUCAGUUUCACUUGAGUUCCCUCCUCUGAUCAAUAUGAAAGCUGCUCUGAUUGCUGUCCUCUUCUUGGCAUUCGUCGCCGCCGUCUUGGCCGACUGUAACCCAAAUGUUGAUGGAAAGCCCGCUUCCUGUGCCGGAGUUCGUGGUGUAGUCAACUACAGGAACAACUUUGAUCCCACUCACUACUGGCAAUGUAAUGGUGACACCACCGUCGAAUCCGUUGCAUGCGGUAAUGGUGGAUUCUUGACCUCCGCCAACGAUUGCGUUUCAUGGUCCGAAUGGUCCUGGGAGCCCGUGUGUUCGAGCUAAAUAUACUUGGAUUAUGACCGAAUGAAUGAAUGAAUAAAGCAAAUAACUUCCUAAA